GCUGUGCCGGGCGGCCUCCCGGGAGCUGCAGCCGCCGCCGGAGCCCCCCCGGGACAGGGACAGGGACAGAGGGGGGAGCUCGGCCGCCGGGAGGAUGAUCCGGAAGAGCCUGAGCCGGGAUCCCCCCCGGGAUCCCCCCCCGAGACCCCCCCGGGACCCCCCCAAAUCCGGGAUCUGCGUCACCGUCACCAACGGGGCCCCCCCAGGCAGUUCCAGCUCUGGGAUCCCGGGGAUCCCUCCGGGAUCUGGGAAGCGCCGUCGUGUGACGGCGGAGCAGGAGGGGAGCUACCGCAUCUCCCUCCCCAAGGGAAGCACGGCCCGAAGCAGGAGGAUCCUGCAGCUCCAGGCCGCCAAAGGUCUGGGCAGGACGUCGGUGUUCCAGAGGCUCGGGGCCGAGGCCAAGGCCGACGGGAAGCCCUCGGGGGUUUUCAGCCGCCUCGGGGCCACCCCCGACCCCCCCGAGCCCCCCCUGGCCCCCCCCAGGGAGGAGGAGGAGGAGGAGGAGGAGGAAGAUGAAGAACCCCAGGAAGGGCCCCCCCUGCCCUACGUGGGGGUCCUGAAGAGGAAAUCCCGGGAAUGCGGCGGCUCCGGAGCCCCCCCCGACCCCGGGGGAUCCCCCAACCCCCCCCAUCCCGAGGCCCAGGACGGGGCCGUUUCCAGCUCCGGGAUCCCGGAAUUCCGGGGGGGCCGCAGCGUCUUCCGCAGGCUGGGCAGGAAGCAGGAGUGAGCCCCAGGGGGGGGAUUCCCGGGAUUCCAGGGGGAUUCCGGGGGGGAUCCAACUUGGGACGGGCUCUGGAGGCCCCUGGGAAGGAGAAAUCCCACGGGAAAAGUGGGAAUGCUGCUCGGCUUCGGCUGCUGGUGCCUUGGGAAAGGGGAAAAUCCCACGGGAAAAGCGGGAAUUCUGCUCGGCUUUGGCUCCUGACGCCUUGGGAAAGGGGGAAUCCAACUUGGGACAGACUCCAGAGCCCCCUGGGAAAAGUGGGAGUCCCUUGGAAAAGCGGGAAUUCUGCCCGGCUUCGGCUCCUGAUGCUUCAGGAAAG